AUGUUAAGUGCAGAAAUCAAGGAGUGGCUGGCUGAGUACAAGGGCCUGUCUAGCGCUGAAGUGAACACCUUUGCCUCCACACUGGCCGUCAGCGAUCAGCUUGUUUUAGAUCUGUUCACUUUGUUUGAAACUCCACCAUUCUAUGUGCAG